UCUCUAUUCUACAACGCAAUGCUUUAUUUGUUUACUUUUGUAUAUCACCAAUUCACUCUAUUAUUGUCAAAUUGUUCAAUUAUUUUACAAUGGCAUCUAAAACUGAACAGUUAGCUCUUCUUUCCAGUUCGCUGUCUGACAUAAACGAAUUGUUUUUUAAAUGUAUCCAAGGAUUUACUUCGACUCAGAAAAAACUGGAGCAUGUUUUAGCUAUGAUUGAUGAGUCUGAGUCGACUCCGCUUACACCUGUGGAAUUAGUAAGCAUAAAAGAAGUUAUGGAUUUGUACAUCACUCGAUUUUCGCCAUGUGAGAACUUGGUCGAACAAUUCGAUGAAAAAUUAGAUCUUCUCUUAGAACUCUUGCCUCCAUCUCUGGUCUGGCUUAGCACAAAUGAACCAGUUCAGAUGAAAUACAUGGAUGGAAAAUCUCCGUGGGAAUUUCAACUUCAGCACUAUCCUAAUAGAACUAACGAAAUUCAGAAGAUGCUAUUACACAUUUUUGAAAUGUCGCAAAUGAAACCUGUUCAAUCGCCAAAAGUUGGAGACACCGUGUGUGUUCAAGAAAACGGUACAUUCUUCAGAGCUGCCAUUCUGCAAUUAGGAUCCAAUGAUAAAGUAAGCCUGAUAAAUGUAGACAAAGGAUAUAAAAGAAUUGCAAAAAUGAAUCAACUCUAUGAGUUACCAACAGCAGUUUUAGAAAUUCCAGCACAAAAUGUUCUAUGCAGCUUGCUACCUGAGGAUCCAGAAGGCAUAUCGCUUUGGGACGAGAGUCUUCAACAACAUUUCCAAGCCAUUAUUUCUGAGUGCGUUCUAAAAGUGGAAAAAUUUGAGGAAUUCUCAGAAUAUUUUCCUCCUAGGUUCAGGAUUCAAGCCAUCGGCUACAAUGAGACAUUAACAUAUACGGCUAAUUUCAAUAUAUGGCUAAUUGAUCGACUCCUGCCUGAAAUAAAGAAAAAGCACAGGCUAGGCGAAGAAACAUCAGUGGCCUACUUGGAUGAGUUGAAUCCAUUUGAGGAAUUGUCUUGUGAAAGUAAUUCCCCUAGCAAAAAGGCUUUAGACCUUGAUUUUAAAAACGAAGUACUUAAUAGUAGACAACACAAUAAUAUAACAUUGGAUGCUCAAGAAAUUGUUCCUUAUUCUGAAAAACAAAUUACACCCAUUGAUAUUUCAAAUCAAAGAGUAGAAAACAAUUUAAAUCCAGCAGUUUCAACUUUAUUUAAAGAAACUCCUCAUGCUCAUGCAGCAAUUGUACUUCCUGAGAUGAAUGAGGCGGAAGAAGCUCUUACUAUAACCAAUUUAGCUGAUGAAUACCAACCAGAAGAUGAGACCAGGCUUUGUCAAAUUUAUCAAAAGAAGAAAAGUUGCUUUAAAAUAAAUUGUCGUAAAGUUCACAAACUCAGUUCAGGAAAGUGGACUGAUGAUAGAACUGAAACCUACUGCGAUUUGUUUAAUAAGAUAAAUCUUCCAGAUGUGUUUCAAGAAAUACCAGUUAAAAUACUGAGUGUUGUCUCCGGCCAUUUAUUUUAUGUCGCUCUUCAUUCAAAAUAUUCAGAUAUUGGUGAACAGACUUCUAAAGUUGAAACCCUUUUUGAUUUGGAAAACGACAUGAACAAUCCUGAAAAUGUAAAGAGCUAUCAAUAUUUUCGAACAGAUCCCAGCCUUGGUGAGCUUGUUAUUGCAAAGGACAGUAAAGGCUGUUUUAGACGAGGAAGAGUUGUGGAUUUUUAUGAAUUUAUGGCAAAUGUAUUUUUUGUUGACUUUGGGUUUCACGAGGACAUAGCUAUCUCAGAUUUGUACUUAAUGUUACCACAAUACUUGCAUUUACCUGCUCAGGCUGUUUUCACCAGUUUGUCAGGUGUAACCACUGUUGAUGCACAAGAAGGUAGAGCAUUUUUAGAAAAUCUUAUUCAGGGUAAAAUUUUGUCAGCAAGAAUUGUAUCUAGGAAUCUUACAGAGAGUGAAUUGGAAGUAAAGCUUUACACAAGUGAUAGAUUAUGUAUUAAUAAAAUGGUGAUAGAUAGUGGCUAUUGUAAAGAGUUUUAGAUAGAAAAAAGAUGUACUUCUGUGAUUUGUUUGUUACAUUUUAGAAUUUCGACUGUAUUUUAUAUUUUCUAUAUUUACAAUUUGUAUAUUAAAUUGUAUUGUUUAUCUUUUAA